AUGGGUUUAAGUAAAUUAAUACUAUUAGGAUUGUUAUUGAGGCAACAAUGUGCAUCACAUUUACUGGACUGGUUGGGAUGGGGAUCUGCCCCCCAGUUCAUAGGUUCCUCUACACCACUUUUGGAAAUACCCUUUGAAGAGUUAGGCCCUGAAGACAAAUUUCUGGUCGAGGCUAGUAAAAUUACUGGCCUCAACCUCUCCCAGCUAGAUGUCUGUCAGCAUAAAAUUGUAAUGAAAAUCAAGGCAUCUUGUGGCACACUUUCAGAUGAAGAAAUCGCUAAACUUUCUGUUAACCUUUUGAAUUGUCAAGCAGAUGUUGAAGGGCGAAAAACAUUUCCAUGUACUGAAGAAAUGAGUCUGAAAGCGUGUACGAGUGAUAUGGAUGCUGAAACUUGGAAUGCGUACCACAUCAUGAGCAACCGAGCUAGAGCCGUGUGCUACGCUGCCAGGCAGGAAGAGUUCAGGGCCCUCGCUGAGAUGACUGUCAACCGCCUCGUUGCUACGGCCAGAACUCACAUAGAGCAGAUGGCAAACUUGCAUGAGCGACAGUCUAAAUUAGAGAGGGCGACCCAAAUCGCUCUUGAUCGUAUCUCUCAAAGUCAGCAUGAUGUUUUGGCUAGUUACACUCGAUUGAGAAGGCUUGAAUCUGGGCUCGGAACAGCACUAGAAAAAGAUAAGUCCGGCCUCGAAGAGAUUGGGAAGUUGGUCACCAAAGAAGCUGAGAGCAUUGAUACCAUCCUGAAAGAUUUCAAGAAAGCUUUAGAUGAUAGUGGUAAAGAAUUAUUAAAUCAGAAGAAAGAAGAAUCGACUCAGCAUGAAAAAUUAAUGGCUGGACUACAAGAUUCGUCAACAGCAAUCGACAGUAUAAUUCACAAAAUUAAUACAGUUAGCACAAUAUUGGACAGCCACAAUAAUCAAUACUCAUUGAAGUCUAAAAGCUUGUUCUCUGACUUGAAAGAACUCAGCAAAUCUAUCAAUGAAAUAUCGUCCAGUGCUAAUGCAUUGAAGCAUCUCGCUGAACAGAAAAUGUCUUUUGUUUCUGCACUUAUCGGAGAGACUGGUGAGAAUUUUGAUAAAGCUGUCUUCAUUUCUCUUCAUAUGCUCUGUCUCCUCACAGCUAUGGUCAUCAGCAGCUUUCUCGAGUUCCAUCGGAGAUUGAAAGUGCUUGUUGUGACUGCAGGCUUUCUCAAUACAUAUCUUUCAAUUAACAAUAUGCCUUACUCCCUUCGCCUUUUAGAUUUGUACUUAAUUUUAGCCGGAGCUGUGAUAGUUGAUACUACAAUCGUACAAAUCCUCAGGCUGAUUAAUGAUAAGAAUCACAAACCUAAAAAAUUGUUGAUGAUUAGUAGAAAGGAUGACCACACUAUGCAGGAAAGAGAACUUAACGGUUUCAAAAAGCCACAAUCUAAGGUCGAUGAAUGGCUGACAGAAAAGUUUUCUGACCGUGACAUUUAUGGUAUGAGAAAUGGUUCUUUAACGACCAUGACUCCUCUUACGACUAAGGGCACUGCACUAUUACAAGAUGACCAGAUGUCAAUCGUAUCUGGUGUGAGUACGAGAGCUCGAAAGAGAAAUGCAUCACCUGUUAGUUCGGUAGGAGGGAGCUCAACUACGAAGAUUACUUGCUCAGCAGUGCGCCCUAACGGUCAACGGUGUAAGUUACCUGCAAAAUCUGGUCUAGUGUUUUGCCGUAUUCAUGAAAAUAAUCGGUAACAUUUGUACAAAAAUACCAUGACAAGUAUAAAUAUCUUUUUAAAUAUUAUUAUUUAUUUUUUAAAAUUAGAUUGUUACGGAUUUUGUUAUGUUUUUUUAUAUUAAAAAGACGUGCUUUAGUUGUUAUAAUCAGUAUUCUGACUGAAAAAAUCCUUUUGAAUUUUAGGCUUAAUUAGUCUCUGUGAUUCUCCAUUAAAUAAAUUUUGAUUUUGGA